AUGGCUGGCAAGCACAGGAGAGCAAGAGAUAUUUUACAUAUCUUGCUGUUAUUUUAUUCUCUUAUCCAUUUAUCCCGGGCUUACACCAUGGACGAUGAAGUGCGCCUCCAUAAAGCAUUCAAUGGCUCUGGAUACGACAGAAACGUUCGACCUAAACCAAACAGAAACACCCCAUUAAAAAUUGACUGCAACUUCAUCUUACAAGACAUACGGGAGCUGGAUGAAAACCUCGGUAAAUUCUCAAUAACUGGAGCUUUGGCCGCUAGUUGGAUUGACGAACGUUUAAUUUGGAAACCACAAGACUACGGUGGGGUAACAUACACUGUUAUCCCUCAGAAGAUGCUAUGGAUUCCAUAUUUUAUAAAUAUGCACGUUUACAGUGAACCAAAAUAUCAUGGACACGAGGAGUUGACUGUACUAGUAUGGUACAAUGGAAAUGUAAAUUGGACUAUUCCUAACCUUUACGAGAGUACGUGUGACUUCGAUUUGACAAAAUAUCCCUUUGAUUCUCAGACGUGCAUGCUAACAUUUUUUGCAAUGGGGUCAAGUCCAAACGAUCUUUUUUUUAAUCCGUUGAAGAAAACCGCUGACAUGUCAAUAUAUAGAGAGAAUGGUCUUUGGCAAGUGACUGAUACGCAUAUGAACACAUCAACCAAUAUUUUAGAUUUUCACGAGUUACGCCUGACCGUCAGUAUGAAGAGAAGAUCUGCGUACUAUAUAUCGAGUUUGAUCCUUCCGAUAUGCGUUCUCGAAAUCUUACAAGUGUUGGUUUUUGUGAUGCCACAUGACUCCGGUGAACGUGUUGGGUUUGCUGUCACUGUCAUGUUGGCUAUUGCUGUCUAUCUAACGCUCAUACAAGAAAAAUUACCAGAAGCCGCGGAGCCCAGCGUGGCUUCUCUUAGCUAUAAACUUCUUGGAGAUUUCGUUAUAGGGGCUUUCAUCGUUGUUGGAGUUAUCAUUGGAUCGCACUUCAAUAAGGAAGAGAAAGAAAAUAAGAACGAGAAAGAAAAUGAGAACGAGAAAGAAACCGAAAUUCCUAGCUCUUGGAAACUGUUUCAUAGAAUUAUGCUUUCCCCAACAUCCAGGAGAAAUCAAAAAAUGGGUGACGCUUUGACAUGGAGCGAUAUUGGGAUGGCCAUCGAUCGUUUCUGUUUAAUUUUAUCAUUUUUGUCUUUGGUAUUAUGCAACUCCGUGUAUUUCAUUGUUGUUGUUAUUUUAUAA